CCGAAGCCGAGAACACCAGCUGGCCACGGUUGCCCGGAGCUACAAGAAGAGGAUGGAGAGCCUGAUGCAGAGCCAUGAGGCCUGCUCACUGCCUUCAGGGUCCAGCGGGAGCAGAUUAAGGCUCGGGAUGGUCCUAACAUGGAACCUGGUCCUCCGGAAGGGCAUUUCACCAUCAAGGAGGUUGAUCUUCAGUCCAGUCUAACUCAGGGGCUCAAGAAGCUUCGUGAAGACAAAGCUCAACUGGAAACUCAAAUUCAGCUACUUCAGACCAAGAUUGGAUCCAACAAAGCCUCUAAUAUGGGCGCAUCUUUGCCACGGGAUGAAGUGGUCUGCGCCAACAUCCAGAAGCAGCUUCAAGAGUUCACCCAAAACACUCAGAAUGAGCUAGAGAAGGAACGGGGCCAAUUGUGGAGCCGGGCCUUGGUGGCAGAACAACAACUCUCACAACUGCAGGAAUAUGUUGACAAACAUCUAGGCAGGUACAAGCAGGAGAUCUUAAGGCUGAGGAAGCUUCUGGGCAAUGACUCCUCUGAAGACAGCUGAAGCCAGUUUCCUUAAAUCCCCAGAAAAAAAGCACCAACCAACCACUAGCUGUGCCUGCUCAGUCUACUCCCAACAAACAGCUGGAGGCACUACGAGCAGAGAGUUCCACAUGGUUUUCUGGAGCAUUAGGGAUGGGAAUAAACUAAAUCUGCAGGUGGGAGGCAGCCAA